AUGCCCUCUACCGCACCUGUGCUUCGGCCCAAGAAAGGCCAGCCUGUCAAUGCCCACGAGCCUGACAGCCCCAUCAGUUAUGAUAUCAACAUUCCCUAUGUGGAUGUGAAUGGCAACUCGCAGCUCCGCACGCGCUACCCAGAGUAUCUGCCUACCUGGGACAAAAUGUGGUUUGAGCCGCUGCCUCCCUUCGAGUAUGAGGAUCCCGCGCUGCGCGUAAAAGACAAGUCCAAGCGCAACCUCCUUUCUGGCGCGGGCGUCAAGGUCACCGAAAUCCAACCGCAAAUCGGCAGCAUCAUUGAGGGUGUGCAACUCAGUGAGCUGACUGACAUGGGCAAGGACGAGCUUGCUUUGAUGGUCGCCGAGCGCAAAGUCUUAGUCUUCCCGGCACAGGACCUGAUCGACGCCGGGCCCGACGCGCAGGAGAAGUUUAUGCGUCAUUUUGGCAAGCCGAACUACCAGCCGGUCUCGGGGACGGUACGCAACCACCCUGGUUUCCACAUCAUCCACCGCGACGGCAAUCGGGAGGAAAUCGCCCGCUUUCUCGAGCAGCGCACCACGACUACCCUGUGGCACCAGGAUGUGAGCUACGAGAUCCAGCCGCCAGGCUAUGUCAUGCUAGGACUUUUGGAGGGGCCGGAAGUUGGCGGUGAUACGGUAUUUGCCGCGACUGACAUGGCAUACAAACGCCUCUCGCCUACACUUCGCGCGUGGCUCGACACGCUCAUGGUCACGCACAGCUCAGCGAAGAUGAUUCAACACACCCGUAUGACCGGAGGUUUGGUCCGUAAAGAUCCCGUCGAUACCACGCACCCGCUGGUGCGCGUGCAUCCCGUCACCGGCGAGAAGUGCCUCUUCCUCAACGCCGAAUUCGUCACCAAGAUUCAAGGCUUGAAGGAGCCCGAGCAGCGCUGGUUGAUCGAUUUCUUGAUGCAGCACACCAUCACCGGUCAUGAUUUUCAAGCUCGCGUGCGCUGGCAGCCGAAGAGUAUUGUCAUUUUCGACAACCGAGCCACUACCCACUCGGCGAUUGUGGACUACCUGGACGAUGACUACGGAGCGAAGCUGCGCCAUAUCUUCCGCCUGAUUGCGCUAGGCGAGAAGCCCAUCCCUGUUUACGACCAGUUCGAAUAG